AUGAGCCGCCGCGUCCUCUCCGUUCUCGCCCUGACUGCAGGGGUGUCCGUGGCAGCGGCUUCGGCAGGCUUCCAGCUCCUCUGCCAAGGAGAUGAGCACCCCGGGGAGAAAAAGACCAGCAAGAAAAAGGAUAAGGCAACCAUGAGCUGCCUAGGGGAAAGCAGAAGACAUAUCAAGCCAUGCAACCUGACUGGCUGGUGGGAGAAUGAUCUGGGCUCCAAGAUGCAAGUGUUCAAGGUUGGCAAGGACGGAACCUUCUCUGGCGAGUACCAUACCGCUGUGUCAAGCACCAAGAAACCCAUCCAGCUGUCCCCACUGACUGGCUCCCAGCACCUGGAUGAGGACGGACAGUGCACCUUUGGCUUCACUGUCAACUGGAAGAAGUUCUCAGACUCCACAGCCGUCUUCGUGGGCCAGUGCUUCAAUAGGGAUGAUGGGAAGGAGGUCCUGCACACCUCCUGGCUGCUGCGGGAGAAAGUCGGCUGGGAGUCAGAUAACUGGAAAGCCACCAGGACCGGCCACAACACUUUCACUCGAAUGGACUGAAAGAGGGGGAGAAGCAUCUUAUCCUGGACACACUCAGGAGACAGGAGUCCCUUCAGCACAAUCAGUGUGUACCAGCCUGCUCUGAUGUUUCCAGCUCUGGAGGAAGAUGUCUCAAAAAAAACCAAAUAAAAUUAAAGAUGUGU